AAGAGUAGAGCUGUCAGCAGCAACCAUGGCAGCAGCGAAAGCCGAGGAGGCGGGUUUUCCAAAAAUACAGGUUUUCCUACCCCUUCUGCUGCCGCCGAUGGAGAUGCUGUAGGUGGUUCGGUCAGUGGAGAAAAGGUUGAAGUUGUUGGCUCGACUUCCUUGGCCUCGAUCAGGUUGAUUGGGAUGCAGAGAGACGCCGGCUUGGAGGCAUUAGGAACUGGGGGAACCGAGCCGAUGAGUGAAACGCUGGGCGAUGAGACAUUUCGUGGGAUUAUAAGGCGCGUUAUUCAGUCGGAGGCGAUGUCUUCGGCCCACUCUUCCAAUGUAGUCGGUCAAAACUCCCCUAGUCAUACUAUCUCGGCUGUGUAG